CCCAGUUACCUGAAACUAAAGGUGGGAGUCUCCUCCUCCUCCUCUGGACGCCGCGCCCCUUCACUCACACACGGCAUCUUCCAGGAAGAAACCCCGGAGAGAGAAGCGUCCAGGGCCGGUGAAUGAGUCUGUCAGCUGUAAAAAGGAUUUCCCUCAAGUUUAUAUUAUCUCUCUUUUAUCCCGCUGAGCUGUCGGAGGAAUACUCAACAUGCUGAUCAAAGAGUUCCGGAUCGUGCUGCCUGUUUCAGUGGAGGAGUACCAAGUGGGUCAGCUGUACGCCGUAGCAGAGGCCAGUAAGAAUGAGACGGGCGGAGGAGAAGGUGUGGAGGUGAUCAAGAACGAGCCCUAUGAGAAGGAUGGAGAGAAAGGACAGUACACCCACAAGAUCUACCACUUGAAGAGUAAAGUUCCAGCUAUACUCAGUAAGAUCGCUCCUCAAGGAGCGCUCAGUGUUCACGAGAAGGCCUGGAACGCGUAUCCUUACUGCAGAACCAUCCUGACGAGCGAGUACAUGAAAGAAAAUUUUGAGAUUAAGAUUGAGACGUGGCACAAGCCUGAUAUGGGGAAUGAGGAAAACGUUCAUGGUCUGGACGAGGCGACAUGGAAAACAGUAAAAGUAGAAGUCAUUGACAUCGCCGACAGAAGUGUUGUGAGCCAAAAGGACUACAAAGAAGAAGAGGAUCCAGCCAAAUUUAAGUCAGAGAAGACCGGACGGGGGCCUCUGGGACCCAACUGGAAGAGCGAACUCGCCUCAGACAGCAGCUGUCCACACAUGUGCGCCUAUAAGCUUGUCACCGUUAAAUUCAAGUGGUCGGUGAUCGGUGGCACCGUGGAGAACCUGAUUCAGAAGACGGAGAAACGCUUGUUCACCAACUUCCACAGACAGCUGUUCUGCUGGAUCGACAGAUGGUACAAUCUGUCCAUGGACGACAUUCGACAAAUGGAGGAGGCCACGAAGAAGGAGCUGGAUGAGAUGAGGGAAAAGGGAGAAGUCAGAGGCAUGGGUGGUGAGGAUAAAUGAUGACAGCCGACCACAGUCACUCUGACUGGGAGGAUGUGGCUUCACUCAGCAGGGUCGGACUCGUCUCCUGUCACACUGGACCAAGACCAACUGGAUGGGCAUAAUCAGGAACACCUCACUUCCACUCCAAUAAAAUCUGCUCUUAAUAAGAGCUCCUUGUUGUGUAUUGAUACGACAUUUGAACUCCAUCAGCUUUUAGUGUUUUUUAAGAGGCAGGUGUGAGGUGGGGAUCAGUUUCUGGAUGUUUCUGUUUGUGUCGGUUCUUUUACAAUUUACUACAUUAGGGAAAAGGAGUGGGUUGUCUCUGAAGGAACAUUUCUGAUCACUGUUAUCCUUUAUAGCAGUCUCAUGGCAUCUGUUCUUUGACUUGAUUGUAUAUAUGACAGUUUUUGGUGAUUCAUUGUUAGUUUAUAUCCAUCAGCAUCUGCAAGAAACUCCAGGGUUACCGAGAUCGAAUGAUAUGAUAGGAUUCAGUGCUGUUUGAAGAACCUGUCAGUUCCCUGAUUGUGCACUUGAAUAAUCUGGUAAUCUUAGUCUGAUGAGGGACUUCUGUCUCAGUAAAGUGUGCCCUGCAUCACUGUAAAUCGAGUCCUUUAUUAAAAGAAAUGACCUGCAGUAUAAUGUAAUGAGUAUAUGAUUGUGUAGUUUAUUAAAGACAAUAUAUUUGUUCCUUA